CCCUUUCCUUGUAAAAGAAUUGUGGGAAUGACGUAAUACAGUUUCGACAUGUUUCCUCUUACUAAUGCCGUUUGCUGCGCAUAUCUUCUUCCUAUAUCCACCCACAGAUGCGUCCGUUCUACUCGUGUCCAAAUAACAGGUGAGAACGAGCAAACGUGAUAGUGGACCAUCACGCCCAGGUCCUUGGUGGUUUUUCGGCACUUGUUGUCCUUGGAAGAAAAGAAAAAAAAAAAACAUUCUUUUUUCUUUUUCUUCUUCUCUUUUUCUGUCCUUUCUGGAAACAUUUUUUUUUUCCAGUUCAGCUCUUUUCCAGCCCGCAUUCACGUACCGACGCCGGGGCCACUGAGCUUAUUUCGUUUUCUCUGUGGGUUACGCUCCAAUGGUCGAGCGGAAAUUCAGCGUCGUCGCAUUCGUGCCGGUCAGACAUGCAUGUUUUUUUUAUGUUGUUGUCUUCUCGUCCUUUCGUUCUCUAUUCUUUCCCUUAAAAAACAAAAAAUACCUAAAAUAAUUAUCUUCAAUCUUGAUAGAUUUAAACCGUUUUUUUUUAUUUCCACAGGAUUUCAAUGUUUUAGAAAAACGUACACGACGUUGGAUCAAUUUUUUUUUCGUUAGUGACCGAAGAGAAUGUCGUGCAGUCUCGUUAAUGGUGUACAGGUUUUUACCCGUGGGGCUCGUGAAAAAAACCAAAAAAAAACAAAACAACCGUACUAUUAACUAAACCAAGGUGAAAGCGAAACACACAAAACAAGAGAGUCUCGAUGAACAACAGUUGCACCUGUCUGGCCAUCGGUUCCGGUUGGAUAUCACCUUGUUGUGUAGCAGGCAGAAGCAAAAGGCAGUCGGGAUAAAGUCAAAUGAGACACUGGACAUUCCUGUAUUUCAAAUGUUGGGAAGUUAUGAAAAUCUUCUUGUUCUUCUUCUUCUUCUUCUUCUUCCCAUUUUUCGUCGUUCUUGCCAGUCGAUGGCAGCGAUAACUGAAUUUUCUUAAAGGUAUAAAGCUAAAAGAAGAAGAAGAAAAGGAAAACCCGAAAGAGGCCAGCAGACAUUACGAAUGAGGUGGGGGUGGAGUGCUGGUGUAUAUAAUUUUCGGACGUGUUGCCCGCUGGAGGAUGACGGAGGCUAUAAACUCGAUGGCGUCCGUUGGCCGGUAGCUCCAGUUGCGCUUUAGCAGUCACCUGUACCGGUACACUUCCUUAUUAACAUCUUCUAUCAGCCACCAGUACCUGCCUGGUCCAGCCUUCGUCUUCAGAGUGAAGUGGUCGUGCGACGAAAGAGGUCCAGCGCAACUAGCCAUUGUCCUAACGGGCUGCCCUCUCGAAUCGUGCGCAUUCGUUCGUCUCUCUGCUAACUUUUUAAUUUGCUAUUUAACUAACUAACCCCCAUCCCCCUCCACCCCCAAAAAAAAAAAGAAAAUCAAUCAAAAUGCGCGAAGUGAUUUCCAUCCAUGUUGGCCAGGCCGGCGUCCAAAUGGGCAACUCUUGCUGGGAACUGUAUUGCCUGGAACACGGAAUACGGCCCGAUGGCAUCCUCUCCGAGACACGUCCACCUCAAGCGAGCGGCGGAAGUAAUUCGCCCAGCACGUUUGGAACGUUUUUCAGCGAGACGGCCAGCAAUAAACAAGUGCCCAGAGCGCUUUUCGUCGAUUUGGAACCGUCCGUCGUUGAUACGGUUCGCACGGGUACCUACCGUCAGCUGUUCCAUCCGGAUCAAUUGAUAACGGGCAAAGAAGAUGCAGCUAACAAUUACGCCCGAGGUCAUUACACGGUCGGUCGAGAGAUUGCCGAUGUUGUGUCGGAUCGCAUCCGCCGAUUGGUCGAGAACUGCGUCGGCCUUCAGGGCUUUUUAGUCUUUCACUCGUUCGGAGGCGGAUCUGGAUCGGGAUUCACCUCGUUGCUCAUGGAACGCCUAUCGGUCGACUAUGGAAAGAAGAGCAAACUCCAGUUUUGCGUCUAUCCUGCGCCCCAGGUGUCGACGGCCGUCGUGGAACCUUACAAUUCCAUUUUGACGACGCACACAACGCUGGAACACUCCGAUUGCGCUUUUAUGGUGGAUAACGAAGCCAUUUACGACAUUUGCCGUCGUAAUUUGUCCAUCGAACGGCCCACCUACACCAAUUUGAACCGUUUGAUUGGACAAAUCGUUUCGUCCAUUACGGCUUCGCUGCGUUUCGAAGGUGCUCUCAACGUCGAUCUGACUGAAUUCCAGACCAAUUUGGUGCCUUAUCCGAGAAUUCAUUUCCCAUUGGUCACUUACGCCCCUAUGCUCUCGGCCGAGAAAGCCUAUCACGAACAAUUGAGCGUGGCUGAAAUCACGUCCGCUUGUUUUGAACCCAACAACCAGAUGGUCAAGUGCGACCCGCGUAAAGGAAAAUACAUGGCCGUGUGUUUGCUGUACCGCGGCGAUGUCGUACCCAAAGACGUCAAUGGAGCCAUCGCAUCCAUGAAGAGCAAGCGAACGAUCCAGUUCGUCGACUGGUGUCCUACUGGUUUCAAAGUGGGCAUCAACUAUCAAGCGCCAACCAUCGUUCCCGGCGGCGAUUUGGCCGCUAUGCAGCGCUCCGUUUGCAUGAUAUCCAACACCACUGCCAUUGUGGAGGCCUGGGGCCGUCUCAAUCACAAAUUCGAUUUACUCUACACAAAGCGAGCUUUCGUUCAUUGGUACGUGGGCGAAGGUAUGGAAGAAGGUGAAUUCUCUGAAGCUCGCGAGGAUUUAGCCGCGCUCGAAAAAGAUUACGAAGAAGUCGCUAUGGAGGACAUGUCCGAUUCGGAUGGCGUCAUCGGCGAUGAAUAUUAAAAAAAAUGUGCUCCUAUUAUUUUUUUUUUAAUUUUAAAUUUUUUUUUUUUGCUUUUCUUUCUUGUGUGUGUCUCUUAUUUGUUUAUUUUUCAAAAAAAAAAAAGAAGAAAGAAAUGGAUGGCCUACUUCUAUCCCCCCCCUCCCCUCCUUUUUAUUGGAUAGAUUUGUUUGUUUGUUUUUUUCUUAAUCUUUUAAUUAUUACAUUUCUUGGCUUGAUCGUGUACUGGUUCAUCAUUAAACAAAAGAUUUUUUGUCUUUUUUUGCCUGUG